CAAAAUCACGCGCAGGCAGGUAGCGGGCUGCCUGCGCAGUAGGCCGGCGAAUCCUCUAGCUGCAUUGUUUGUUGUUGCACAUAUGGCUCCCCAACAGGCAGACUGGACGAUGCGACGGUGAAAUGGGGAACACAUAUAAACCCCUCACGACUCCUCCUCCCGGCAGCCAGCCAGCCAGCCAGCCAUUCCAUCCCACCAGCGGCACUGCAUAGUAUAGUACAUUCUCUCUCCACCCACACGCACACACACAGACACGAUGCUCGUCCUCAGCGCCACCGCCCUCCUCUUCCUCCAGUUCGUGGCCGGACUGGAACAGACCCCGCGGCGGUCAUUGCCAGUCCUUGCACGGGGCGACUCGGAUCUGCAGAGCCCCGCGAACCUCCAGGGCCAUGUAGCGACGGCGAUGCAGUUCCCGGGCAGCGGCCUCACGAAGCGCCAAAGCAGCUGCCCAUCGACGAUGGUUUCCGCAGUGUGCAGCAACGGCCGCACGGGCUGCUGCGAGCCCGCGCACGUCUGCUUCAUCUCCAUCUCCGGCGAAGAGGGCUGCUGUCCCAUCGGCGAGCUCUGCACCCGCGUCGGCGGCUGCGGCACGGGCGCCUUCCAAUGCGCUGAGGACGCCGGGGGUGGGUGCUGCCCCGACGGCACAACGUGCAGCACGAGCGGCAGCGGCCUGUGUACGCCGGGCACGACGAUGCCACCGCCCACCUCGACCUGCGAAGCAGGCCGCUUCCUGUGCGCGGCGAACCUGGGCGGCGGCUGCUGUCCCAUCGGCCGCACCUGCACCGCGGACGGAAAGUGUACCGCUGCCACCGAUAACCCCACCACCACCGGGUGCGCGGCCGGCCGCUUCGAGUGCGCUGCGAACUUGGGAGGCGGCUGCUGCCCCAUCGGGAGAACUUGCACCGUCGAUGGGAAGUGUCUCCUCCCCGAUGAGUCGUCGUCCUCGUCUUCGGCGUUGCUUGCAAGGCCCACGUCCACCGGUGGAGAGGAUAGCUUCACCGCUGUCGCGGUCACCCCGACGACUAGGGUUUUGACGCCUACAACUAUGCCUGUGACGUCGGUGCCCGGUACGGUGGCUACUUCUAGUCCGAACUCGAACGCGGAGAGGAAUGGGGUUAGGUGGGGACUUGGUGGGGCCGUGGCCGGUGUGGUCGGGUUGGUUGCUAUGCUUUAGGGGGCGAUGGUGGUGGUGAUGGUGGUGGUGAUGGUGAUGUUUACGCGAACGGCUAUGCGCAAUACUUUAUGUAUGUACUUACUUGGAUAUCUAAUGACGGGCGUUGGGGGGCUGUAUUACUACUGUAUUGUCGACAGCUAUGAGAAUAAUGACAUACUAGUACUUACUUCUUACUGAGGUCUUGAAG